AUGUCAGGCACAACCGCCCUCGUCUCCGAGGGCAACUUUUCCUUCACCAACGGCGUCUUCUUCGCGGAAUCAUCCGGCCAUAACAAGCACCGACGCGCGACUCAUGAAGAGCUCAGAACCCAUUUCGCGUCCGGCAGCGACAAAGACCACACGGCGCACUGGUUCGAGGCGCAGCUCAUGCAUUAUGGCCUCCAGCCGUCCAAAACAAAGUCCCAGAAGCUGAAGAAAGAAUGGACGAAGCGGGAUAGGGACGAGAAGAAGGCCGCAAAGGCAGCCACUUCCAAGGCGGCGCCAAAGGCUGAGGCUUCCACCGCGAGAAAAAGAAAGGCAGAAGUCACCGUAAAUGUCACGGUGAAUACAAAUUCGCCGGUGGCCACGGCGAGUGCGCCUAAGCGUACCAAAAAUGCGGCAUCAUCCGCAGAUGACUCUGCUCCAGCGCCUCGAUUUGCGACGAAGCAGACGGCACGUCGUGGUUCGGGUUGGCGAGCUCCGAGCCGUCCGGAACCCGCGAGACGAGCCUCUUCAUCACCUGAACGAGCUCCAACCAAGCAGAUGGCUAGACGCUCACGUCCAUUUAACCCACGCGGUUGCAUAGUAUCGUCACGAGCUCAAACCAGUGGAUACAGCGAGUUUGCAACCUCUUUCGACGAAGCACCUCCCCCGUAUGAGGAGUUCUCCGAUUCAAGCAACCGCUUUGACGGAAACAGUCUCUCACCCCUCGGUCUUCUCAAUGGUCGCUACGAUAUAAGCUGUCCCUAUGUCGAAUCGGAAUGGCCCAUGUGUGGCUCUGACUUCAGCCUCGUGCUGACCAUUGUCGGUUCCAGCCUCUGGGGUAGAUUCGAUAUGGGCAUCAUUGAGGGUGUGCUCUAUAUCGAAGAGCGACCCCGUGCCUCUUCUUUCGACAAUAUCCCCUUUGUUUGGCGCGGUCGGGAAACAUCCGAAGGCCAGAUCUUCUACGAUGAGCGGUCGACAUGUAACCAAGGCUCAUUGAGAUUUCUUGGUGAUGGCAGCAUCAAGGGAUAUUUCGAGUACCAGGACAUUCAAUUUGAGGGCCAGCGAUUGCCCGGCCAAGGGACGAGAAGCGAACUUGAUGCGAGGACUCUGCAGAAUGAGUGGGAUAGCUACAAUGAGGACGAAUACGAGCGGGAGAGAGUAGGACGGUGGCGAUAG